ACAGCGGUUGAUUUGAUUCGCGUUCCAUUGGUAAUUGGCUUUUACGUUAUCGAAAAUCGUAUAUUUGAGCUUGAUAAAUGCCGUGUUUGAAUCAUAACCGCACGAAGUAUCAGUCAGAAAUGUCUUUGGUUAACUUAAUGCUAUGUCGCGUCGUUUCUGGGGCAUAAGACGGUUGCUAAGGAUGCUGUUGGCGGAGGCGGGGGAUCAAUAUUCAAUAUGGGUCGGGCUAAUAUACGUGUUCAACCUGAUCGUUGGCACGGGCGCGCUGACGCUGCCGGCGGCGUUCGCGCGCGCCGGCUGGGGCCUGAGCACCAUCUCCCUCGUGUUCUUGGCGUUCAUGAGCUUUAUGAACGCCACAUACGUCAUUGAGACCAUGGCGUGCGCCAACGCGGUGUACAAGUGGAAGCUGCUGCAGUCUAUUAAGAGGGACAGCAUUCAAGAUCAUGAUAAUCACGAUUCAGACGAACCAUCAAACGACAUGGAGGAGCCACUGGUCUGUGCCUCCGUUCCUUCUCGCUACUACAGCUUAGACCGGCGCGUCGAGCUUGGCGAGAUGGCCAACCUUUUCUUAAACCGUACAGGAAGGACCCUGUUUUAUUGCACGCUCUGCGUGUACCUGUACGGCGACCUGUCUAUAUACUCGGCUGCUGUGGCCAAGUCUGUCAUGGAUGUUGUUUGCUCCUCUGUUCCCGCAAACUCGACGAACUCUUCCGACUGGGACUCGCUGCCAUGUUUCAACACCACGAGCUCGGAACCCUACACCCGCCUGGCCUGCUACAGAACCGCUCUGCUGUCCUUCACGGCCGCCAUUGGACCGUUUGUCUUCUUCAACGUGCAGAAGACCAAGUAUCUGCAGCUGUUCACCACUGGGAUGAGGUGGCUAGCAUUCACCAUAAUGAUAUCGUUCGCGAUCCACCUGCUGCUGCACUCGGGCGCGCAAGGCCACCCGCCCGCCUUCGACUUCAGCGGCAUGCCGACGCUCUUCGGCGCAUGCGUCUACUCCUUCAUGUGCCACCACUCCUUACCAGGUCUCAUCUCCCCCAUCAGAGGCAAGAAACGACUCGGCCUACACAUAGCUCUAGACUACGCUCUCAUAAGCGCCUUCUAUCUACUCCUAGCCUUCACCGGAGCUUUCGCGUUCGCACAUUUAAACGACCUUUAUACACUAAACUUUAUACCAACAGAUGACGACAACUUCUUCGUUAAAAUCAUUGAAUACUUCUUAGCUUUAUUCCCAGUGUUCACAUUGUCUACCAGUUAUCCCAUAAUAGCUAUCACUUUAAGAAACAAUCUACAAAGUUUGUUUCUUGAUAUGACUCGUUUGGAGUCCUACAAUUUUGUUCUACGUAAAUUAUUGUUUCCUAUAGUGGCCGUCGCGCCGCCUCUGGUAGUUACGUACUUUUUAGAAGAUAUAGGUGUACUUAUUGAGUUUACAGGGUCCUAUGCGGGUACGGGUAUUCAGUAUUUGAUACCCACGUUUUUAGUUUUGUCCGCGCGGCGGCACUGUACUAAUUUAUUAGGAUUAGGGGUUGCGAAUCAGUACAAAAGCCCGUUUUCAAAUGUGGCUUGGGCAUUAUUUGUGUUAGUGUGGGCUGUUGUGUGCGUAAUUUUGGUAUCAGUUAACAUUGUUGAGAAGAAUUCAUGACCGUAAGCUUGUAGUUAAUAGCACAACUGCAGACAAAUGAAUUUUAAUAGAAUCAGAAUUCUAGUGUCUGGCAUCAGCGCCGAUCGUGGCCUAGUCGUUAACCUACACGGACCAACUCCUAGCAUCUGUUAACAUUCAUUUGUCUAUAUCAACUUGAAAUAAUUGUAUUAAAAAUGUUGUAUUAACAUUGUUGUAUUGUUAAAGCGCAAAGAUAAUAAUUAUGUAACGUAAGACUCGGUACCUAACUAUACUAAAGAAUGUAAUAAUUUAUUUAGAUUUAGUUGUCUUUUUAUAAUUAUGUAAUUGUAUAAGCGUGUUACUUAUGGCUUCAAUACACUAAGUUUAUUGUAGUCAAAUAUGUAUCUGCGCUCAAUGCUUGCAGUCUUCCAAACGAGCAACUCCAUGUGUUUAUUAUCCGACAAAAAAUUUAAUGUUUUUUAUUUUCUUUAACAUUGCCAAAGUUCAUAUUUUUAUUACAUUAUAAGUAAGAUUUUUUUAUUUGAUUUCUUAUUCUGUACUAUAUUUUAAGUGUUUGUAAACUAAAGAUCAAUUAACCUGGUCAACAAUAAGUUUAAUGAAUUUACAGGUAUGUUAGGGUAAAAUAUUAUAAUAAUUAUAAUUUUAUCCCUGUGAUAGAGCAACCAUUUUAUUCGUGUUAAAAGAUGAAGAUUUAUUUUAUUUAUCUAAGAUGAAAGUAUAAUUAUAUUAAUAAAUUUA